AUGGGGCUGCAUUCACUUAAUUUGUCGCAAAUUCCCUUCUAUAUUCUGAUCGCUGGAGCUGCUGCUAUCGGUUUCUCGAUAUUGAAGGUUGCACAAGUGCUUCAAGGCAUGGAGAACCCUCUCAUUGAACAUGAAGAAUGUUUCGCCCGGGAAAACGGCUGCCAAGAACCGUUGCACAAUGUGUCUCACGGCUUGUUUGGCAUUGGAAUGGUUAGGGCCAUGCUCGCGGCUGGCCGCGAAAAACGUUUUCUUGAGCUGAUUUGCACCUGGCAUCGGGACUACGGUACCACGUUUAGGGCGACCAUGGCCGGUCGAAAGGUCGUCUUCACAGUUGAGCCUAAAAAUGUCCAGACCAUCUUAGCGCUCAAGUUCAAAGAUUUUGAGCUAGGCACAAUCCGAUCAGAUUCCAUGCGCCCACUUUUGGGUAACGGCAUCUUUUGUUCCGAUGGUGUGCAAUGGGAACACUCCCGAGCUCUUCUCCGUCCCAACUUUGCUCGCAACCAAAUCACCGACAUCGAGAUCUAUGAGACCCACGUCGCUAAACUCAUUCAACACAUUCCUGGCGACGGAUCAACGGUAGAUUUGCAGGACUUGUUCUUCAGAAUGACCCUUGAUUCAGCCACUGAAUUUUUGUUCGGAGAGUCCGUCCACUCGCUGAACGAUGUUACCUCUCCCGCCGCCUCGGCCUUUGCCAAGGACUUUGCCAUAUCCCAAGAGGGGCUGGCUAUCCGAGGUCGAAUGGGUUCCCUCAUGAUGUUUUACAGAAACAAGGAAUUCUCCAAGGCAGUGGUAGACGCCCGUUCUUAUGUCGACAGGUUUGUAGAGAAAGCCAUCAGCCAUCGAGUGGCAUUAGACAGCGGUCAAGAUGUUUCCGAAGAAGCCAGCAAACUUACUGAACAGCAAUAUGUCUUUUUAUACGAGCUGUCCAAACGAACCCUGGACAAAACGGAGCUCACAGACCAGCUGCUGAACAUUCUGUUGGCUGGCCGUGACACAACCGCUAGCUUAUUGAGCAUCACAUUCUUCAUCUUGGCGAGACGACCCGACAUCUGGACCAAACUUCGAAAAGAAGUGCUAGAGCUAGAUGGCCGGAAACCCACGUAUGAAGAUUUGAAAUCCAUGGCCUACCUGGGCUGGGUUCUGAACGAGUCUCUACGUACAUAUCCCAUCGUUCCCUUCAACGUACGCAUGGCCAACAAAGACACAUACCUACCUACUGGAGGUGGUCCAGAUGGAACGGCCCCUGUCUCUAUCCCCAAAGGUCAAGAGGUGAUGUACAGUGUAUAUGUAAUGCAACGCCAUCAAAAAUUCUUUGGGCCUGAUGCAGACGAAUACCGUCCGGAGAGGUGGGAGAACCUGAGACCCGGCUGGGCAUAUGUCCCCUUCAAUGGUGGCCCUCGAAUCUGUAUUGGGCAGCAGUUUGCUUUGACCGAGGCUGGAUAUACCGCCGUCAGACUCCUUCAACAUUUCGAGGCAAUUGAGAGCCGCGACUCGAAGCCAUUUGAGGAGGCUUUGACAUUGACCCUGUCAAGUGCUAAUGGAACGAAAGUUGCUAUGACGCCUGCGAAGAGCACUUGA